UAUUAGGUGCUGUAAAAAGAUAAAACGAACAUAACGGAAUUAACUUUAGUUAGUGUGUCGAGGAACGCGGCCUGGUGAAGAAAGGAAGGAGGCCGUCAUCUUCUGUCUAUUUACAUAUUUAUCUGCCAACACUGAGGAAACAUGAAGGCAGGUGCAUGUGAUUUUGAGGAGGAUGGGGAGAAGGGAGCUGCUGGGAACAAGAAGCCCAAUGGGUUGCCAAUAUGGGGCAAUGAAAAGACCAUGAACCUGAAUCCUCUCAUCCUCACCAACAUACAGUCAUCACAGUACUUCAAGGUAAACCUGUACCAGCUGAAGACUUACCAUGAGGUCAUUGAUGAAAUCUACUACAAUGUGACACACCUGGAGCCUUGGGAGAAGGGCAGUCGCAAAACUUCGGGUCAGACUGGCAUGUGUGGCGGGGUGCGAGGUGUUGGGGCAGGUGGCAUCGUGUCCACUGCCUUCUGUAUCCUGUACAAGCUGUACACACUGCGCCUCACCAGGAAACAGGUGGUGGGCCUCCUCAAUCAUGCUGACUCCCCAUACAUCCGAGGCCUUGGCUUCAUGUACGUCAGGUUUACUCAGCCACCAGCAGACCUGUGGGACUGGUUGGAGCCAUACCUGGAUGAUGAGGAGGAGAUAGAUGUGCGUGCAGGUGGCGGCCAGACUACCACCAUUGGUCACACAGUGCGCCACAUGCUAUCCAAGCUAGAGUGGUAUUCCACUCUCUUCCCUCGCAUUCCCGUCCCCAUUCAGAAAGAACUAGAGAAGAAAUUGGCAGAACAUGCUGCCGCCAAGGCUGCUGCUAAUCCCACUGUUGCCUCACCAGCCAAGAAGGAUUGGUAUGGUGGUCGACCUGAAGCAGAAGCUGCACCACAAAAGGAGCAUGGGAGGUCAAGAGGGUCCAGCCAAGAGUACAACUGUCGAGAUGAAAGAGUUCGAGACACAGACCGAGAAAGGGAACGGGUAAGGGACAGGGAUGGCACACGUUCACAGGACCAGGAGAGGGACUGGCAGGGUGACCGCACUAGAGAGAGGAAUGGAGACUACGACCGCGGCCGAAACAGACAUCGGGACAGAGAACGCGACCGAGGACAGACCGACCGUGAACGUGACAGAGAAAGAGACAGAGACAGAGAGAGAGAGCGGGAUAGAGGGGACAGAGAGAGGGAGAGAGACCGUGACCGUCAUAGACAUCGAGAGAGAGACCACAGCCAUGACAGGAAGCACCGGCGACGAGACCGCUACAGCUACCCAGAUGACAGAGGAGACUUUGCUGAACUGCUGGAGCGGGAAAAACACCGCAUCAAGAAGGAACGCAAGAGAGAUGGCAGUCGAGAGCGAUCAAGAAGAAGCCGGUCGCCAGACAAGGAUCGCCGUCGCCACCACUGAGACUGGCGAGGCACACCUCUUAAUGUAGUUGAUCCUUAACUUAUGAGGGACUGCUCAUAUGGAUCCCAGACUCAGGCAACAAGGAAGUGUGUGUAUAAUGAGAGUGGUGUUGAGUCCCCAAAACAAAGUAACAGAGUGGUGUGUGAAUUAUGUAUCAGAACAUAAAAGGCACAGCCAGUGUGGCACUUCAAAAUAGUUCAUAUAUUUAUCUCUGCAAGAUCCCUCUCUCUGAGUGAAACCUUAGGACUUCAGGUGCAUCACCAAGACAUUCCCAACACAUACACUGGAGGAAGAAUGUUCCAUCUUGGAUUUCAGUGUAUGGAAGCUGGUAACUCCCACUUCGGAGCAUGUCAAGUUUGCAUAGAGAGAAGUGAAGGGUGCCACGUGCUUGGUGUCAAGAGUGUUUAGUGGAGGACACAACACCUUUGUGCAGUAUAUGCUGGUGCUGUUCCCUGUUGGGACAAUAAGCAGAAAUAAAAGUUUGAUCCUUCAUCACAUCAAGCCUCAGUAGCAAAGUAUCAGCAUUAUGAGAGCAGUAAUUCAGUUCUAUGGCCCAUACACAUAUUGUGUAUAUAAAAGGUGAAAUAAAUAUGAGAAUGUAACCUUAAGUUAGGUAGUAGUUAUACAGAUGUUAUAUUUUUAGUGCCUCUGGUGGUCAUUAAAAAGAUAAAUAGGUAAAGGUUGAACAUUAUUUUGACUGUUGGAUUCUACAUGUCUGACUACAAGUGUCAAGAAGACCACACUAAAGGUACAAAAAAGGCUUACUGCCAACAGGUCACUUCAUCACUGAGAGGCAUCAUAUUUGUAUGAUAAUGGAGAUUGAAUUUUAUUAAAGACAUGUUUUUUCUA